AGGUUGUGACAUAUAUGACGGAGACGAUGAUAGAGACGAUGGUGGAGACGAUGGUGGAGACGAUGGUGGAAACGAUGAUAAAAACAGUCACAAGGACCAUAAUAAAGGCAAAGAUAAAAAUAACAAAAAUAACAUGAAUGAACAUAAAAAUUCAAAUUUUAGCGCUUCUGUUGAUGAGAGUAUGCCUCCACAUACAACUAUAAAUUCAAAUCUGAUUACUUCGACUACUUCAAUACCAUCAAAUCCUACAAUAACAUCGACUCCUACGAGAUCAUCGCAUUCAAAUCAUUCAAAUCUAAUGGGUGCACACAAUAUAACUUCCAUUCUGAAAAAAUCAAAUCCUACAAACUCACCUUAUUCCAACCUAACAAAUACACAAUCUAUACAAUCAACUUCAAUUGGACAAUCCACACAAUCUAUACAAUCUACACAACCAACUUCAAUUGGAACGAAAGAUCCAGCAGCAGAUACGAAAUCGUCAACAGACACAGAUAAAAUAACGGAUCCUUUCGAUCCAAGAUCACCUUUUCAUAUACCGAUAAUUAUUGGAAUUAUAAUAAUCAUACUGAUAGCACUCCUUGCAUUGUACUUUGUACUAAAAAAAACGAGUUUCAAAAGACGAUAUAAUUUAUUCAACAAAGGGUAUUAUUCCGUGGGUGAAAAUGAAUUUGACAUAACAAGCACAUUCAAUGGUGACGCAGGAAUUCAAUCACCAACCACCGCAAUGACUUCUAACAGGAGUUCGAUGGCACGAAUUGACCAAUUAAUAAAUAUAGAUUUAAGUGAAGAUAAUACUAGUAAUAAUACGAAUGUACAAGACUUCACGGAGCCGGCUCGGAGGUCAAGUGCAUUUUUAGAUUAUCCUGAUGACUUUUAUCGUUAUUACAUGGAACUAGGAAUUGUUUCAGGGAAUGUUGAACAUGAAACUAUUCAACGACCAGCUGCAACAUUUAAUAUAAGAGAUUAUUAUUAA